UAUAGUCGACUUGGAAGAACACAGUUGGAACUUAUUCGCAGACGCAGUCAAAAACAAAGACGUCCUCAGAUCUUCGAAGGCGGGCGAGCCCCGAAACGCCGACUCGACUCAGAAAUGGCUUUAGGUGGACCAGCUCCACCAAGGGGCAGUGCAGCAGCUACUGCAAGCAUGCGCAGGAGGAGGACAACAAGUAGCGGGGCAUCUGGAGGGGCAGCCGGGACCAUGCUCCAGUUUUACACAGAUGAUGCCCCAGGUCUCAAGAUCUCUCCAAAUGUCGUUCUUGUCAUGAGCAUUGGCUUCAUAGCCUUCGUUGCUAUUCUUCAUGUCAUGGGUAAGUUGUACUUGGUGCGUAGAGAGGCGUAGAAGGACACUGGUGAAGGACUGAUGAUAGGAUAUUUUACUAAAUUCAAUAUGCUGAAUUCUGGGUUUAGAAUGAAUAAGUAGACUUCAAAUUUGUGAACUUUUUUAAUGAUUGGAACAGUACUUGUAUCCGUUUCGGUUAAUUAUUGAGGGAGAGGUUAAUGCUGCUUACGUUUCUGUUA